UGCUAUUUGUUGGUUCGUAAUUGUUUAGGAUUUUCCAGAACAUUUCAAGCUUUUAAAUCUACCGAUGGUCAUGUCAGGGCAACAAGAGAUGUACAAUCAUGCAAGAGACUUUCGAGAGAAAGUCAGCAAUUGCAUAGAUUCGAGUGAAGAGGCCAUGAAUUUCUAUCAAGCUUUAAAGUCAUACAAUAGCGUUCGAAAUGUUGACAAGUUAAUCGCGGAUCUGUUGCCUAUUAUUAAUACACCCAAGAGACACAUCCUAUUUGAUGAAGUUGGAUCUCUUGUGGCAGUUGAUGACUAUGAUGAUUUUAUGUCAAAAAUUCCCUUGCCUCCGAGCGAAGGAAUACGAAUAGUCAAGAUAAGAAGGGUUGCAACAGAGUCUCUUGGUUUUGGAAUAAGAGGAGGAAAGGAACAUGGUGUUGGUGUCUAUAUUUCGUCAGUUAUUCGCGGGUCAAGAUCGGACAUUGCUGGACUGAAGCCUGGUGACGAGAUAUUGCUUAUCAAUGGUUUUAUGAUAACUGAAUCAACUCAUAGUGAAGUUGUCAAUCUCAUGAGAACCAGACGUAACCUCAGACUCAAAGUCAGAAGUGCCAGAAAAUAUCCUGAACGAGUGAAUGGCAAUUUGAUCUGGAACACUCUGGACGGAAAAGAAAACGUGUUCCGAUACAACCCUGGCGUUUUGAAUCACAUAGUCAGUCAGUUGACUUUAGUUCGUUCUCAGUCCCCUGUGCUGCACAUGCGAGAAACUGAUAAACAGGUCAAGUUUAUUGUUGGACCACAAGGUCUUGGCUGUAGCGUCCGCAAUGGCAUUCCGACAAAAUAUGGUGUUUUUGUCAUCCAUGUGACGCAGGGUUCACUGGCAGAACGUGUUGGCGUCAUGGUUGGGGAUCAAAUUAUGAUGCUAAACAAGAAAAACUUCUCAAAUAUCAAAUAUUCCGAGGCCGUUCAACUUCUCAAGACUACAAAAGAAUUUGACAUGAUACUAAGACCAUGCAAGGAAGCAAAAGAAUUCGUUGAAUUUAGCCGUUCUAAAGGUUUUGCAAUUGUCAGCGCCAGUAAUCCCUCUUCUCCGACAAAGAAACCUGCGGACACUGAACCAGUGACAGUGGAGCCAGAUGUGAAUCCAAGACCUGUUCCUACAACUGCAUCUGCCCCAGUUUUUAAUAGUGAUGAUGAAAGGACAACAAGUGCCCAUAUUUACAGCAAAGUUAAGAAGAAGCGUUCAAGCAAGAAGGAUCAAAGCCAACAAAAUGAACCCACGCAGAGGAAUAAUCCUCCUGAAAACAUCGCGUUCAACGAAAAGACGUUGAGUGGUCGGGAACCAAAAUCUGUCGUAGUUAGUAAGAGCGAAAUGCAUAUUCUCAUCUUGGACGAAAUUGAGGGAAGAAUUGUUGUUAGAGAUAAUGGCGGACUCAGCGGCGGAAAUAUUCAUACUGGUGAUCUUCUCCUGUGCAUUGGUAAUGUGAGUUUAGCUGGAUUAUCACUGAGUCAAGCUAAAUCAGUUCUCGAUGAUACGUUGAAGAGGGAUGAGGAAAACAUUUCUGUUGUGAUUGGUGUUACACCUGAUCGUAACAGAAAUAACGCAUCACCAGUCAGUUCUAACUGGAGCUUUGCCCAAAAAGAUUUGUCCAACAUUGACGAAAAAGAUUUGGUGUAUACACACUAAUUUAAUGUAAUUGAUGAUAGAAUUUCUUUGCUUGUAAAAAAUAAAAUAGCUACAUCAGUAAAAAACUAAAAUACAGUAAAACCAAAGUAAACGAAUAGUAAAGAUAUUAAUUGUAUAAUCACUCCAUAUUUUUCACAUUAACAUACAAAAAUUAAAACUUGGUAUACUAAAAAUUGAAAGAUUGUAGACUUUUAAUUGUAACAAAUUGUAAUCGAUGUAAAACGUGAAUUUACUGAUCUAAAUUAAUUAUUUAACUAAUGUCCGAUUCUAAACAAAAAAUUUGGUUGUACAAUGUUAUUUGACUAAAAUGUAACUAAUUAAAUAACACGUGAUUCAAAUAGUCAGAAGGAAUGUCGCGUGCAACUAAUCUAAUGGUAUAAAUACACGUCUUUUUUAUUAAACUUCACACACUAAUAUAAAAGAGACGAAAUACUUCUCGACGUUCGAGCUAAUGGCAUUCGUCAGAAGAGUUGGAUAUAGAAAGCCUUUUGGUCGAGAAGCCUUUUUCAUUAAUUUAAUUUAUCAAUUCAUAUCUGUGCAUAUAAUAUAAAAUAAAAUAACCUAUAUUAUUCUCAAUAUUUAGAAUAUAUCUAUGUUUUCAAAUGCCAAAUUGAUUGGAAAUAUGCAUGUGGUAAACCCCUAAUAGAGCUUUGCAAAUCACUGCAGCGCUGGUAUUCUAUCACAGAAUUUUGGGGCUGUUGCGGAUUUUCUCUUUUAUGAAAAACUAACUGACACGAGAACUUACGCAACUAAGAGAAACUGAGAAAGCUCGCUUUUCCGAUUUCGCCCAGACAAUUAAACAAAGCAAGUUCUAGUCCGGAAAGUGAUGAAUGUAGACGCGCAUGGCAUGUUUGAUAUACACAAAUCUGCUUUUCCUAAAGUUGAUAAAAAGCCCAUGCAUGCACAAUAGAUCAUUUUCCAAAUAUCUUGGAAUUUAACGUGUGCUGUCUGAUGGUCGAAACACGUGUUUAAGAUGACAGCCUUGUUCAUGCAUAUGGAGGUAUAUAUCGUCUCAGUUUAAUUAUAUAUAUGUUUCGUACGUUAUUUCCGAGUUUCUUACCAGUGUAAGAAAACGAUAAAAAAU